AUGCCUGAUACACCUUUGAGUCUCCCUAAACUAAAUAUGGGGAACGACGCAGUCAUAUCUCAGGUGCAAACAGAUCCGCCGCCAAAAUAUCUUGAUAUGUCUACGGGAGUAUCAAACCCGGCUCUUGAGCACUUCAUCUAUAUCCCACAACCACCUUUGUAUGAGUAUGGAGCUACAGUCUAUACUCAUAUAGCACAUCGAUCUUGGCCAUCAGAGUUUCCUCCACAGCUGGAGUACGAUUGUGUCGGUGUUCAAAGGCCUACUGAGGGCCUGACUGAGAGACGGAAACGACAAAAUCGCCUCGCACAAAGACGUUACCGUGUACGUCAAGAACAGCGAGCCGUACUCUUGAACGACAAAGUUGCGGGACUCGAGCAACGGAUACAGUCCAUCCGUGAACUAUGCCUUGAUGUUCUAAAGAAUUCUGGUCUUCUGGGGUAUUACUCAUCCGAUACCCUGCUGAGCACCUUGCAGUCACUGCUUUCUCUCACGGACCCUGAACGUUUACGGUUAGAAAACCAUAACCCGUAUUUCGACUUGGGAGUCCAGAGCUUGGCCGAUCUGCUGCACCGGGAAGCCCGUUGUGCAGCGCCUGAGGGACAAUUAGUUGCUUGCGCUUCAGUGUCUUCUAAGAGCGACGCUGCGUGA